AUGGCUGCCAACAUGCAGCCCAUGGGCGGCCAGAUGAUGGGCCAGCAGGCUCCCCAGAACAUCGCCCGCGGUCCGCUCUACACAUAUCUCUACAACGCUCUCAAGAACUCGCCUCCUCCCAUCAACGGCAUCACUUGGCACAAUACCAUCACCAACCAAGAACGUCUGCACAAUUCCAUGCACCUUGCCACGCAGAUCACUCUGUCCCAGCAGGGUUCCAACAAUGUCACCACUAUACAGAUUGCCGAAAUCGCCUCUCGUUUCGAGCGUGAGAACUAUCAGCAAGCGGGCUCAAAGGAAGAAUACGAGCAAGCAUUCAAGAACAAGUUUGCCGAUUUCCACAAACGUCGCUUGGCCAACGAACCCGCUCUGCAGAACCAGCUCAACUUGAGUGCCCAGGCCCAGGCCCAGGCCCAGGCCCAGGCCCAGGCACAGGCACAGGCCAUGAUGAAUAUGCAGCAGGCUCAGCAGAUGGGCCGAGGUAUGAGCCAACAGGGCUUUCAGCAGAUGCAUCGUCCCAUGCAGAUGUCGGGUAUGCCCCCGCAGCAGCAGCAGCAGCAGCAGCAACAGCAACAGCAACAGCAGUUCCGCCCCCAACAGCCGCAACAGUUCUCUCAACAGCAGAUGCACCCCGCUCAGCGACAGAUGCAUCCCGGUAUGCAGAACCAGGCUGGUCGCGGCAUGGGCCCGAACUCCCAGAUGAUGGGUGUCAUGCAGAAUGGCCAGAACCGCCAGGUGGACCUCCUCAGCGAGAUGGGCAAGCUCAGCCCCGCCGACAAGGCCAAGGUGAUGGAGCUUGCCGCCAAGAUGAUGCAGACCGCCAACGAAGACCAGAGGAAUCAGACCCGCGCCCUACUCCGUCACCGAUUCACGCAACAGCAGAUCCAGGAGAUGCAGGCCCAGAACAGGGAUCCGCUUCACGUCCUCUAUCAGCAGCAGGCUUUUGCCGUACUGAGGAGCGGCGCCAGACUGCAGAUGCAGCAGCCAGGCGUUCAGGGCCAGCAAACACCUCAACCGUCUAUGAUGCAGCAGCAGCCCAGUCAACAGUCGUUCCAGCAGCAGCAGCGACAGAGCAUGAUGGGUGCUGGUCAGCCGCAAGGUGGCCCUGCCAACGACUUUUCGCAGUUCCAGCCCAAUAUGGAGAGCAUCAAGGACCAGCAGAUGAAUGGCUUCAUGGCCCAGCAAGCCGGUCACAUGGUCGUUCCCAUCAGCAACGGCGUACCUGGAGCUGCCACGUCCCAGCCCAUGGCGCAGAGUAUGUCGAACCAGAACCAGAGUCAGAAUCAGACGCCGCGCCUUCAGCAGCAGCAGCAGCAGCAGCAGCAGCAGCAGCAGCCUCAGGGACAGCAGCAGGGGCAGGGGCAGGGGCAGCUGCAACCCGGUGCCAAUAUGCACCAGAUGAAGAUGAACCAGACGCCACAGCAGCCCCAGGGUCAGCUGCAGGCUCAGGCCCAGAUGGGCCAGGCUGGCAUGGGCGGUGCCACGGGUCCCUCGCAGAGCCCCGCUAUGGGCACCCUCAACACCCCAGUCUCGCACCCCGCCAACGGCAUGAACCAGAUACCCGGUCCGGGCUCCCAGCCCAACGCCCCCUUUGGCGCUAACCAGGCUGCCGCCAUGGCGAGGCCCAGCUCCCAAGCCUACGCCGCCUUCCUCGCUGCCAUGAACCCGGAGCAGCGUCAGAAGGCCACCGAACUGCCUCCGCACAAGCUUCAGGAACUCGUCCGCCACUUCCAGCAGAACCAGGCCGCCCGUCAUGCCGCCCAGGCCAGCCAGAUGAGCGGCGCCAACAUGGGACCCCAAGGCAUGCAGCCUCAGCAGGCCCAGCAGCAGCAGCAGCAGCAGCAGCAGCAGCAGCAGGUCCAGCAGCCGGUGAACAUGAAUGCUGGAGCCAUGCUCCAGGGUCGCAUACCCCAGAAUCAGGCUCAGCUGAUGAUGGACUCGAUGGAUGUGCCUCCCCUCGUACUGGAACGCCUGUCCCAAGUCAACCCCCCGAUCCCCGUCGGUACCAGAAAGUGGGGUGCCCUCAAGAUGUGGGCCAAGAAUAACGCCGCCACUCUGGGCAUCGCUCUCCAGGGCCAGCUCCUCGGCACCCAGCAGAAGCAGUUCCAGGCUGUGAUGCAGAAGAAGAUGCAACAGCAACAGCAACAGCAGCAGCAGCAGCAGCAGCAGCAGGCUCAAGGGCAGGGUCAGAACAUGGGUAUGACCGGCGGCCCUAUGACUGCCCCAGCCGGCCAGAUGCCCCCCAACAUGCAGCAGCAGCAGCCGCGGCCUCCUAUGGGUGCGCAGCCGACACCGCCCAACAUCACCGUCACAAUGGCCGAGAUGCAACAGCUGCGAAACAGCAAGCCAAGUCUCGGCGGUAAGCCCCAGCCAGUCAGGCCCCCGGCAGCUGGCCCGGCCGCCGCACGGGGCGGAAAGAAGGCUACUCCCUCCCCCGCCCAGGGAGCCAAGAACCUCAAGCGCCCCAGCGCGGACAAUAUGAGUGACAUGGCACCCAACAAUGGUCAGCGUAGGGGCUCGCAGCAGCAGCUACCUGGUCAGAACGCGUCCUCGGCCACCGGGCUCGUCUUGUCUGCCGAGGACGUGGCCAACAUGACGCCCGAGCACCGCGCCAAGUACGACCAGAUGAGGGCCAGAAACGCCAACACCCAGGCUGCCGCCGUCGCACAGAUGCAGCAGCAGCAACCCGGAGAAGCUCAGAGUCUCUUCAACCGCCUCAGGGUCAUUGGCCAGGAGGAGAUGCGCCGUUCGGUCCAGGAGCCCAUGGCUGAUAUCUCCCUGAGCCCCGGGGAGUAUGCCGAGAUGCACCAGAAGCUGUACCGUAUCGGUCAGGAUAUCUACAAGAUUGGCCGAGGUCUAGCCAAGUGGUUCACCAUUGCUAAGGACGAGGAGCGCGCCAGGUUAUUCUUCAGGACGGUAAGCCGCACUCUCCGCCGCCUACGAAUCCUCCGACAGUUCACCGAUGGCGAGCACAUGCAGAGCCCCCGCCCCACGUUCAGCAUCACCCCUGCUGAGCUCGAUCAGGUGCGAAGCAUGCUUCAGGGCAUGGUCAUGGACAUUGCCAGCAACGUCCGCCAGCGCGGUAUCAUGCAUCAGCAGCAGCAGCAGCAGCAGCAGCAGCAGCGACAGCAGCAACAGCAGCAACAGCAGCAGCAGCAACAGCAGCAGCGGGUACCGGGUCCCCCGCAGGGCAUGCCUCCCGUCGGCAACCAGACGACGGCGCCGACACAGGAACAGAUUGCUCACCAGCAGCGACUCUUUGCCCAGAAGCAGCAGGAGCAGCAGGAGCAGCAGGACCAGAUGCAGAGCCAGCAGCAGCAGCAGCAGCAGCAGCAGCAGCCGGGACCGGCGCCCCUAAGCGCGGCCAACCUUGAGAAGAACAGCCAGGCCCUCAAGAACCAGAAGGCCGCCGGCAGCAACAGCAGUAUCAAUAAGGGUGCCAAGGCUCCGAUGGCGCCGACGACGGCGCAGCCGCCAUUCCCCUUUGGCGCCUCGUCGCCCCACGGCAACCCGAGCUACGUCGGCAAGUCCAAGGAGAUGAACCUGCAGAUCCCGCCCCGUAAGAGGGCCAAGCUCGACAAGCAGCAGGGCGGUACGGGAUCCCAGUCGCAGACGGCAACGCCCUCGCCUCAGCAGGGUACGGCCAAGGCGCCCGAACCGCAGCAGCAGCAGCAGCCUCAGGAGCCGCCCAGGCCGGUCCUGGUGUGCAAGGACCCCGAGUGUCAGUCCUCGGUGGCCGGGUACGCCACGGAGGAGGCGCUGCAGCAGCACGUUGAGGAGGAGCACAUCAGGCCCAAGCAGAACCCGCUCAGGUUCUGCCUCGACAACCUGGCGGCGGCGCUCGGCCUGGAGGCGGACGGCAGCGCCAAGAAGGACGGCCAGCAGCAGGCGCAGAAGCCUACGGGCCCGGCCAUGAGCCGCACGGCUUCCAAGCAGGCGCAGACGCCAGGUAACCUGGGCGUGCAGACUCCGCGAUCCCUCGACGGCGGCGUGGGCAUGACGUGGUCGGCCAGCUCGCAGGGCAAGGCGGGUGUCAAGGCGGCGGCGUCGGCGUCGUCAUCUCCCGAUCCCUGGGCCAGCUCGUCGCUCGACCCGCAGGAGCUGGUGACCAAGCUCGGGUUCCCCAACGGCAUCUCGACCAUCGCGCUGGACCCGGCGGUGCUGCGCUCGCUGACACCCAAGGACACGCCCGAGUCUAGCAAGGACGGCGGGCCCAGCGAGCCGACGACGGACGCUGCGGAUACGUCGGGCACCGGUCUCGGCGACUCGUGGUGCGACGUGGACCUGCUGCUCGACGUGGACCGGGCGGGCGACAUGACGGGUCACGGGAACCUGCCAACGUCGGUGGCGGCGCUCGACGACGAGGCGCUGAUGAGUAAGGUGACGAUGGAUCCCUCGCUUCUGGAGGAGCCUACAUCUCUGGAGCCGGACUGGGAGGAGGUGAAUCUGGACUUCAGCGAGCCCUAUACUCUGGACACUACGCAGCUGUCCCUCGGGUACUAG